CUUUAUCGUCUGCGGUACUUAAACAUAUAAACUAUCAUGUGAUAGCAAGGUGAAGGUCAAUAAAAUAGAAGUAGAGUAUCCCAAAAUAUUUUGGUUAAAGUACGAUGGGUUGCUGUUUUAGCGACAGCAGCGACAAAGAUGGAGAGGAACCAUAUUCGAGUACAAAUGAAAGAGCCAGAUUAUUACCAGAACCAACAAGUAGUGGCCAAUCUGGACCAAGCUAUAAUACACAGUCUCAAAGAAAUGCACAGAAGUUGGAUGAACCCUCAGCCUUAGAAAAGAUUCUGCAUAAAACCGUGAGAAAAAUAAUUGACGUGUCCCCUGGUGAAACAGUUGAACAACAGGAAUACAAUGAUAGAGCACAUCAAUAUGGCAUUAAAAUAAACAUGAUUUUAAGUGGGUCUUCUAAGAUAAGGACAAGUCGACCACCGCUACCCAAUGGCAUGGCAGCCCCACAGAUAGUGCUUAGUUCUGCUCCAGUGUCACUGGCAGAUAUCCAGCUGAUAACGCUAUCUGCAGAAAAAGCAUUACAGGCAGUGGGUAAAGUGAGGGUACAGCACAAGGAGGACUUGGUGGUGCCGUUUGGGGUCCCCUGAGGGGGCCACUGUAUGUUAGGCUUGUGUUAGAACUAUGAUGAAUGGACAAAGAAUGCAGGAAAAAGACUGGGGAGUAUGUGUUAGAGAGAGUUGGUUUUAUUUCAUUCCAUCUUGUGAUGUUUUGGGAGUGAAUGAUAUCAUUUAGCCAUAUUUAUUAUGAUAAACAUGAAUCAGGUUUUCUACUUUUACCCAUGAUUCCUUUGUUUCUAGAUCAUGCCUUUAUAAAAAAUAUUUUGUGCAAUUGGAAGAAAUUUUUUGAAAGAGAGUUGUGUAUUUUAAAAAUAUGGGGUUUUUUUGGUUUAGCAACACAGUAUUAUUUAAAUGUUAUUAUGUACACUAAAAAAAUCUCACAGUUUUGGUAAGAUUUAUAGAAAUGAUGUGGAUACUUUUAUGUUCAAGAAUUUUGAUAAAGUAUGCUAUCUGUCUAAGUCAUACACCUGUCUCUUUUCAUGUUGAUGUAUAAAUGCAUUUUUAAUUAAACCAACGGAAAAUUUGAAUAGUCAAGCAAUUAACACAUAUUGGUGCAUUGUACAUGUAUAUACAAAAAGUUAUACAUUUAUAUACCAGGUAUUAUGUACCAGGUAUGUACAAAA